UAGCACAAUAACAUAGCAACAGUCAUAUUAUAUUAUAAUGUUGGUGAUGUUUCUAGACAACACAAACCAAUAUUGAACAACAUCAGUAGUCCUUUAGACAACAAGACACUUGUGCAAAUAUGCUAACUAUCAGAACCAAUAUGAAGGAAUCCAUUGUUCAAAAUGGUGCUCGGGAGAAAUAUCUGACCAAACUUAAACAGCAAUUUCGCAUACUAGAGGGAGGCAGAAAGGCUUACAAGCAGGAAAUUCAGAAUGUGUUGAGGAAGCAAAGUUCCGAGAUUUUAACCCUAGAAACCAAACAGAAAGAACUACACAUCAGUCUGAGGAACACACGGAGCCCCGGUUUGAAAGCCAAAGAUAAAGAAAACAUGAAGAAGUUAACUGGUUUGAUAAAGACCAAAGAAAAGUAUAUGAAACAAAUAGAAAAAGAAAAGAGGAGGAAAGAGAGACAAAAUGAGCAGAUACGAAUUCUAGAAAAACAAGUGAGGAUUGCAUCUGAGAAGAAUUUGGAUUCUUCAGAUCAUCAUGAACAUGUAUCUAAGAGGAGGCAAAUCGAAACUCUUGAAAACAAAAUUAGUAAUAUGACAUCUCGUUUCAACCAACAACUGACAAAAAACACUGAGAGUCGCAACCAGAUUGAUCAGUUCAGAGGAGAACAGCGUGUAUUUGAAAAACAUUAUAAAAAACUGGAUAUGGAACUGAUGAAAACGAAACAGGAAGUUCGUGAAAUCACAGAGAAGAUUGCUGCCAUCUAUGAGCAAGGUGAUGAAGUUUUAAACAAGAUGGCUACCUUACGAGAAAGCAGAAUGAAAGAAGAGGCACAAUUUGAGAAUGAAAAAAAAUACCUGAAUCGAAUUAUCAUCAAUGAUAAAAUGAUAAAUAAUUUCAUGGAGAUAAAGUUAAAAGAAAGGAAUGAAUAUAAAGAUGAAGAAUCUUUGAAAAGAGCGAUGAUACAUAAGGAGAUGUCCAAAGAAUCUGAUCAGCAACUGUUAUCAGAUUAUGAGAAAGUAUUAGAUAGAAUCAAAGAGGUUACCAAGAAAGAUGCCGUUGAUGCUAUUGUGGAAAGUUUUAUCAACAAUGAGGAUGAGAACUUUGGCCUGGUACAUCUUAUUAAUGAGUUAGAUUGUGAGAUAGAAUCUAUUCAAGGUGAACUAUUGUCCAUAGUUGAAGAGAUCAACGAUUUUAAAUCUCAGAGAAAAGACACUGAACUUAAAAAAACUGAGGAAUACGUAGACCUAGAUGCAUUGCUAUCCAAAGCAAUUGUGAAUGACAAAGACCUUGUACAGCAAUUAAAACACAAUGGUGAGAUCCUGGAUGAAGUUGCAGGAGGAGUUAGCAAAAUGUUUCUGAGAUUAGCAAGCGAUGCCAAAACUUCAGAGGAUGACAUGGGUGACAAAGAUGGUGUACACUCAUCUAAUAUUCUGAAAUACUUUGGCAUAAUAGAACACAUGGUCGAUGAAUUUUUAGACAAAUCUAACAUAAAAUCAAAACCACCAUAUCAAUCAGACACACAUGAGGCAAUGAAACAAUUGGGCACUCAGCAAGCUACUUCUUACGUGAAAGCUCCCUUACCCGAAUCUGACCUUGCAUGUUCAUUAGAAGUAGGAGAAAGAGACACAAAUCAUGAUAGACCUUUAACCAUAAAAGACCUAUAUUUCGCAUGUACCGUGCAAUAUGUAGGAGUUCAAAAAUGAUGUGAUUAUACUUAAUUAUUUUGGAUAUUCAUGUACUUUUGUAAAACAAAAGUCUAUACAGGCUAAAAUGAUUGUCGACUCUGAUUCAUUAACUAACAAAAUUCCUACGGACAAUUACAUGUUAAUUGCUUAUUAAAUGUCUUCAAAUAUUUCCUGCUCAAUAAAAUUUAAGAACUGGUAAUUUCAGCAAUAAAGGAAGUGUGUGUUUUGUAGAAUACAUGUAGACAGGAUGAUAACACUUCACAUCUGUUCUUAACCAAACGUCAUUGUGGGAAUCUGGAAUCAUUUUGUAGUAGAGUGGGCCCCAGG